UUUAUGAGUUUCAUCUGGGAGGCUUUUGCUAUCGCUGGCAACUAUGGCUACUCAUCUUGCUGCAGCAAAGGCCACCGCGACGACGUCGUCUCAGGAUAAACGACACCGUUCCAUCUUCGAUGUUCCGUCGAAUUUCUUCGACUCUGCUCGCCUUCUCCCUUCUCCACACUCUUCCGUUUCCGAUCACCACCCCGUAGGCCAAACCCAAACCCUUGAAUCCUCCACAAACGACGUCGUUAUUUUUGAUGACUCUCAAAACGCUGUCGUUGCUGCGCCUAGGUUGACCUGCAAUACCUGCAGAACUCAAUUUGAUUCCCUCCAAGACCAGCGUGCCCAUUUCAAAUCCGACAUUCAUCGGUUCAACGUGAAGCUGACAAUUGCGGGAAAGAAUAUUGUGAAGGAAGAAGAUUUUGAGGUGCUGACAUCUGAAUUUGUCAAAGACUAUGAUAUGUCAAGUAUAUCGGGAUCAGAAAGUGAUGAUUCAGAAAGUGAAAUUGUACUGCAUGACAAGUCGAGUGAAAAUUUUAAACAGAAACUCUUCUUCCUUCUUCAGACAGGGCAGAGAGUUUCCGUCUGGAAGAGCUUGAUUAUGAAUGUGACUGAAAAUGUAUUGUAUGAUGAUGAAAAGGCAGAGAAUGAAGUUGUUCAGAAGUUGAAAUCUCUGACUGCUGAGCCCAGAAACAAUACCCAAUUGAGGAUUGUUCUGCUUGCAUCUGGUGGGCACUUUGCAGGUUGUGUCUUUGACGGUGAUGUUGUUGUGGCUCACAAGACAUUUCACAGAUAUGUUGUACGGGCCAAGGCAGGAAAAAAACAAUCAUCUAAAGAUGCUUCUGGCAGGUCUAUACAUUCUGCUGGGGCCUCACUUCGUCGUUAUAAUGAACUUGCAUUAAAGAAGGAAGUGCAUGAACUGUUUACUGCUUGGAAACCCUAUUUUGAUGCCUCCAACUGCGUAUUUAUUCAUGCUCCUUCAAGUAGUCGUCAACUGCUUUAUGAUGGAGAAAGACCAUAUUUUGGUAAUCAGCAGUGUGCUGUUAGAAACAUUGCUUUGAGUGUUCGGAGGCCUACUUUCAGGGAAGUAAAGCGUGUAUAUAGUCAGUUGACUCAGGUAACCUACGAAGCUGAUGAGAAGGAAGUUUUACAAAGCAAACAAGAGGAUUUGGUAUCAGUUCACAUUUCUAAAAUAAAUGGCAGUCAAAUCUCCAACCAAGGUAAUGGGGCUGUGUUGGAUGACAAAGAUAAAGCUGAAGCUUGUUCAAGUAGACAAAAUGAUGAACCCUCCAUUUCGAGUAAUGGAGAAAGUGAGAAUGAGCUAUGUGGUAAAUCAACUCCUUUACAUCAAGCAGCCCAAUCUGGAGACUCUGUAAAGGUUUUGGAACUCCUGGAACAGGGCUUCGAUCCUUGCUCCAAAGAUGAAAGGGGACGGACCCCAUAUAUGUUGGCACAUGACAAAGAAGUGAGGAAUAAUUUCAGAAGGUUUAUGGCAUCAAAUCUUGACAAAUGGGAUUGGCAUGCUGCCAAAGUGCCCAGUGCAUUGACCAAAGAAAUGGAAGAAUCACAAGCUGCUAAGCAGGCUGAAAAAGAUGCUAAGAGAAAAGCAAGAGCAAAAGAAUUAAAGAAAUUGCGUAAAGCAAAAGAAAAGAAGGCUCAGGUUGAAGCCACCGUGGCAAAGAAUGAUUCCAAAACUGUGGAGAAGCUAGUAACUGCUUCAACAUCGAUAAAGGGACAAUCUCAACUAAAAAGUGGCGUGCAAUUAUCCAAAGAGGACCAAAUAAGAAUGGCACAGGCUGCCGAAAGAGAAAAGCGAGCAGCUGCUGCUGAGAGGAGAAUGGCUGCCCUCAAAAUUCAAGCUAACAGUACAACCGCUGCACCAAGCAUGUCAGGGCCAAAAAGUGGAUUAGCCGGUGACAUUUACUGUUCCUGUUGCAAUUCAUCUCUUGCUGGCAAAGUUCCCUUCCACCGGUAUAAUUACAAAUACUGCAGCACAUCAUGCAUGCAUGUACACAAGGACAUCCUGGAUGAUCAAUGACAAUGUGGUUAGAUAUUUAAAAUUUCCUUUUUGCAAGUCAAGAUUGCUCCAAAUAUCCAUUUUCUUGAUCCGGUUGCAAGUUAUCUUGGAUUCAAAAAGGUAAAAAGAAGUGAGAAAGGUGGAGCAACCGUGGUGGAAGGACUGAAUGGUAAAUAACAUGAGCUGAUUAUUUUGAAAGGAAUAAAAAGUUUUUUCUAAGCAACAUUGAUUCAGCUACAGUCAUAACAGCCAUCUCAGAACGUUCCCAAUCUGUGUUGUGUCAAGCAUGAACACAGCAAAGGACCAAGUGAAAAUUUGGCAUUGGGCAUGUAUUAUUUGUUUUUCAUUUUCCGAAUGUGGCUUUUUGUUGGAAGUAUAGUCUUUUUUACUCUAUUUUCUCAGGCUUGAAUUGCCUAUUUUUAAAUUAACCAGAUUAGUUAAGGACCAGAGCUGUAUAACAUACUCUCUCCAUUGAUGGUUUAUAUCUAGCAAUGUAUCUAGUUUUAAAUCU